AUGCCGGGACCAUCGGUAAAGAAGCGCUCCUUCAGCGACGGCCCCAAAAGCCGGGCCCCACGACCUACCAAAAAACAAAGGCAGAUUGCCGCGUACCACAGCAGCUCAGACGAGUCCGAAGACGACAGCGACGCGGGCGCGGCGGUACCGGCCAAUUUGCUUGACUCUGAUGACGAGGACCUCGAGAAUGUUGAGGUUGAUGACGGCGCAUCAUCACAAGAAUCCAACUCCGAUUCCGAUUCCCAAUCCGAAACAGAAUCGACACCAAAGCGCAACAAGCUCCAAUCGAAACACAAACCGAAAACCGAACCUAAAAAACUUUUCGUCGCAAAAGACGCUCCCGCGUCAUCCGGAGACGACGAAAACAACAACGAUGAUGACGCCGAUUCCGAAAAAGAGAAUGACGGCGAAGACGAGGACGAGGGCGACGACGACGACGAAUACUCUGACCUCUCCGACGCCGCAAGCCACACCUCCUCCUCCGGCGGCACCCACCCCAACCGCAACACCAAGUCCAAACGCAACGACCCGGCCGCCUUCGCCACCUCCAUCUCCAAGAUGCUCUCCUCCAAACUCCCCACCUCCCGCCGCGCCGACCCCAUCGUGGCCCGCAGCGCAGCAGCCGCCGAACAAUCGCGCCAAGCCGUCGACGCAGCCCUCGAAGCCAAAGCCCGCCGGCGCUUGCGCGAGCAGAAGCGCCUUGCGCUGGAAAAGGGUCGCGUGCGCGACGUGUUGGUCGCUAGCACCACGCGCACGCUGAAUAUCGCGACGGGGGAGAUUGAGGAGGUGGCGGAUGCUGCGGAUGGGACGGCUGGCGGGGCGCCGGUGACGACGGCGGAGAUUAUGGCGGGCGAGAAGAGGUUGAGGAAGGUUGCGCAGAGGGGUGUGGUGAAGUUGUUUAAUGCGGUGCGGGUGGCGCAGGUGAAGGCGACGGAAGCCGAGAGGGCGGCGAGGAAGGAGGGGAUUGUGGGGACGCAGAGGAAGGGGGAGAAGGUUACGGAGAUGAGUCGGAAGGGGUUUUUGGACUUGAUUGCGAGCGGCGGUGGGGGGUUGAAGAAGGGUGGUUUAGAGGAAGCGUGA